ACAAAAUUGAUCUUUGUAUAAAUUUUCAAAUAAUUCUAAAAUAAUUUCGGGUAAAUAACAUCUGGAAAUCAAAUAGCUUAUAUCCAGCUAUAAAUUCUGUAGAAACUACAUUGGCUCUCACAACGCACCAACAGUUACAAAAAUAACAACAAAUUAGCCUUUAAACACUAAACAACAAAAUGGCUCGCGGUCAUCAAAAAAUACAGUCCCAGGCUAAAGCUGCCGAAAAACAAGCCAAGAUGAAGAAACAGCAAGGGCACAGCGCGAAUGACCAGAAGAAGGCGGCCCAGAAGGCGCUCGUCCACGUGUGUGCGGUCUGCAAGUCCCAAAUGCCAGAUCCUAAGACGUACAAACAGCAUUUUGAGAACAAGCAUCCGAAGAACGAUAUGCCCGAAGAGCUCAAGGACGUUUAAUCCAAGUGAAGCGCAUUUAGAAAUGUAUAUCAAGAACUUAAUGACGAGUUGCCUACCAGUACGAAAAUCAUCAGCAACAAUAAUUGAACAACAAUCACAAUCAACAUCAACUGCUAAUUUGCAAAUUGGGGAAUUGCUAUAAAUGCGUUUCAAGCUGAAUUUUUUAUACCAUUAUAAACGCAAGUCCUGAGUUCCAAUUCCUACAUUGCCGAUGUAGUUUUCAAAUGCCAAUGAAAAUUGUUUUUCUGUUCUUUUUUUAAUGGAUUAAAUAUACUAAACACCAGCAACAACUGUUGAAAUAGAGCA